AAGUCGGCUCUCACGGUGGCAGCCCGAGACUCCGCAUUCGCCUAUAGUCCAACUCCACAGUACUCAACCAUCUCUCUUUGCCAUCCAUCUUUUUUCCUCAAUAUUUGUUAUUUGUGUAACUAGUCAUCAUGAGUUACGUUGCAACCACCAAGGCUGAGAUUGAUGCCUACGUCAGCACCUUGCGCUCGACGUUCUUGAGCAACAAGACGAAGCCGCUUGAGUAUCGUCGUACUCAGCUCAAGAAAUUCUGGGAGGCCAUGGACGCGCAUGAGGUUGAGUUCCAACAGGCUCUUGCUAAGGACUUCGGCAAGCCUCCUGAGGAAGUCAUCCUGACGGAAACCAAUACCCUCAAAGCAGAGGCGAUUGAAGUCAUGCAAGCCUUGCCUAAAUGGAUCAAGGACGAGAAGGGUCAUGCAAAUUUCCCCUUCAACCUUGCUGGCCCCAAGAUUCAAAAGACACCCUUGGGUGCUUCGUUGAUUAUUGGUGCUUGGAACUACCCACUCUUUGUGACGUUCGGUCCCUUGAUUGGUGCUAUUGCUGCUGGAUGUCCCUGUGUGAUCAAGCCUUCUGAGCUAGCACCUGAGACUGCAGCCGUGAUGCAGCGCGCUAUUCACAAACAUCUCGACCCAACCGCCUACCGCGUUGUGCUCGGCGCCGUCGAAGAGACGACCCACCUGCUUGCUCAGAAAUGGGGUACUAUUUUCUACACCGGUGGCGGCAACGUCGGCCGUAUUGUUGCUACUGCAGCAGCCAAGCACUUGACACCCGUGACACUCGAGCUCGGUGGCAAGAAUGCCGUCAUCCUCACAAAGAACUCUGACCUCAAUUUGGCAGCCAAACGUAUUGCCUGGGGUAAAGUCACGAAUGCCGGUCAGACGUGUGUUGCACCUGACUUUAUCCUGUUUGUCGAUACUGGUUUGGAGGAGAAAUUUAUUGCUGCUUGGAAGAAGUCUGUUGCCGAAUUCUACCCCGGUGAAGCAUGGCGCAAGCCAGGCAAGUAUACGCGCAUUGUUAACGAGAACCACUACAAGCGCAUCACUAAAUUGCUCAAGGACACCCGCGGUCGUGUUGUCAGUGGUGGCUUUACGGAUGCUUCACAGCGCUUGAUUGAGCCUACGUUGGUGGCUGGCUGCACACCCGAAGAUUCUCUCAUGUCUGAAGAGAUCUUUGGCCCCGUGUUGCCAAUGCUCAACAUGUCGAGCUUGAAUGAGGCCAUCUCCUUCUUGCAAGGCAGAGACGCUUCCCUUGCUCUAUACAUCUUCACCUCUGACAAGUCUGAGUCUGAGAAACUCUUGAGCAGCGUGACGUCCGGUGGCGCUAUGAUCAAUGAUGUCUUGUCACACUGUGCAUUGACGAGUAUGCCAUUUGGCGGUGUUGGUGAAUCUGGAACGGGUGCGCACAAUGGUAUCUAUGGAUUCAAUGCCUUUACGCACCAGCGCACGGUCGUCAACCAACCAGCCUGGCUUGAAUUGCUGUUUGGUGUACGCUAUGCACCCUAUACGCCUAGCAAGAUGAAGCAACUCGCUGCGCUUGCACCCAAGAAGUUUUGGAAUGCCGAUUACUCUGAGCGUUCGCGACUCGUCAAGAUCCUUCGCUUCACUUUGACGCUGGGUGCUUUGAUUGGCGCGUACCGCUACGUGAAGAUUCAGGCUCGUCUGUAGGCUAUGCAGUGUGUAUUCUGUAGCUUGUUAUCUAAGCCAGCCAUGUCCACUCUGUGAGACAGUGAGAGUCUAUCGGCGAGAAGCGAGAUGAAAACCUGGGGAAGGGGGCAGUCACACAGACAGAUGUAGAAGCUGUAGAUGCACAGUAGAUGAGACGGAGCAGAGCAAGGAAAGGGCAGCAGGCCA